ACUUUGAGCAUUUUCGAAACAGCAAAAUGGCCCGACGCUUCAAGGUGGCGCUGUGCCAGCUCGCGGUCGGCGACAAGAAGGCGAUCAACAUUGCGCGUGCGACGGCGGCCGUCGAGGAGGCGGCGCGCAACGGCGCGCAGGUCAUCUCGCUGCCCGAGUGCUGGAACUCGCCGUACGCGACGUCGUCCUUUCCGCAGUACGCCGAGGAGAUCCCGACGACGGCGCUCGUGACCGAGGCCGACCACCCGUCGACGCACAUGGUGCUUACGCUGGCGAAGCGCCUGGGCAUCUAUCUCGUGGGCGGCUCGAUUCCCGAGCGCGAGAACGGCAAGGUGUACAACACGUGCGUGGUCGCGGGUCCCGACGGCGCGCUCCUCACCAAGCACCGCAAGGUGCACCUCUUUGACAUUGACGUCCCCGGCAAGAUCACGUUCAAAGAGUCGGACACGCUCUCGGCCGGCAGCCAAGUGACGGUCUUUGACACGCCGUGGUGCAAGAUCGGCGUCGGCAUCUGCUACGACAUUCGCUUCCCCGAGCUCAGCAUGCUCAUGAAGACCGCUGGCGCCAAGUUCCUCAUGUUUCCCGGCGCGUUCAACCUCACGACGGGACCCGCGCACUGGGAGCUUCUCCAGCGGGCGCGCGCCGUGGACAACCAGCUGUACGUGGCGGCCACGUCGCCGGCGCGCGGGCCCGAAGGUGGCUACCAGGCGUGGGGCCACUCGACCGUCGUGUCGCCGUGGGGCGACGUCGUCGCGACGACCGAGCACGGCGAAGCCAUUGUGUACGCCGACAUUGACAUUGAGCAGGCCGACGAGAUGCGCCGCAACAUCCCAACGGCGCUGCAGACGCGCUCGGACCUGUACAAGCUCGAGCAGCUCUAAGUGCAAUCUCGCGCUCUUGGUCAUUGUCUGUCCUAUGACGCGACGACUAUGUACACAAAUCCACGGCUUUCGGCGUCUUAAUAAUGAUAGUCCAUGCGGUAAAAGGGUC